GUGAAUAAUGCGAGUAUUUGAUAAGGGAUGUCACUCACAAGUGACACUGAAAGCUCUGCUGCACACAAGAGGAGGUAACAGACUCCAUACAGCAUGGCGUCCUAUUUGGUUAUCUUCACCAUGGCUGUUUUGGCCAGACAGAGUGCUGGCCAGAGUUGUGCUCUCAGUGGUCUGGACCUGAUGAAUCAGUGUGCUGUCAAGUUUAUGAGUGCAUAUCGCCACGGUGUUCCAUCGGAUAAGUUGCUGCAGUUCUGCGGUGAUGCGGGACAGGCCCUGGAUUGUAUGGAUGAGGUCGUUGGCACCUGCCCGGAAGAUGAAAAGCUCGGAUUAUUCGUAUCUGUCUGCGAUGCAGCAGUUUCCGAGAGAUGUCACGCCAUAGAUUCUGAGGAAGAAGACAAGAAGAGGGGGACUUCCUGUUCCUCCAGAAGGAAGGGGAACAUUAAGAGAUGCGCACGCAGACUUCAAAGUCUUCUCUCCGAGUCGCCUAUUUCUUGCCGGCAGGUAAGAAGGACUAUUGGCUGUCUCCAAAAACAUAUCGCCCGAUGCCCAAGUGUUAUGAACUCCGCCCUCUUCAGCCUGGACACACUGCCCUCAAACUUCUCCUCGAUUUGUGAAGUGACAACUCCAGCACCAACCACGACCACAGAAGCAACAACUCCAGCACCAACCACGACUGAAGCGCCAACCACGACUGAAGCGCCAGAUGACUGCCCCGAGGACUUCCCGACCCUUCUACAGACAUGCCAAGAGGACUUUACCAAUCUGAUACCCUAUGUUCCGUGGGGAGUCGCCACGGAUAUGGCGGAUGCGUGCAGGUCACUGACCAACAGCGUGGACUGUGUUGUCAAUAUAACAGAAGCCUGCAGGAAGAGACCUCAAUUUCGCCAGUCUCUCCUUCAAGUUCAAUGUGCACCAAAUGAGAACUAUGCUUAAAUUUCCGUGUCCUGGGUACGGUGGAAGACUAGUACGAUGUCCGUUGGACUUCCAACAGAGGCUUAUUGCCUGCAUGGAACUAUUUUCGGGGGACGAGAAGCCGGAAGGUGCGGGUACGACCAUGUGUAGUAUGGGUCGGACAGCGUUCAGUUGUGUAGACAACCUGGUGGACAUCUGUGGUCGCAGACUCGAGUCCAUGUUGGAUCUGAUGCAGCUGGACCAGGCAAGGCAGGACAUGGCGUCCUCGUGUCCCCCCUAGAACACAUCCACUCCAGGUCUUAUACAGCACAGAUUGUUUCCUAUAUCCGUACAUUUAUCUGUUAUGCAUUUGAUAAAAUAAAGCUUACAACUUUC